UUGGGCUUAAGCCUCCAGGUGAAAAGCGGCCUCCCGCUUCCCGGCGCAGAGGAGCGAUUACGCUGGCCGCUACCCGGCGGGGAGGGCGGCCCGCUGCGCGGCGAGGGAUGUGGCCUUUGAGGGGCAGAGGCUGAACGCCCCGCCCGCCGCGCAUCUCUCCCCGCCCCCGCCGGGGCGCCGGCCCAGCCAGAUUCCCCGCCCCGGACGCAGCUAGGAAAACGUCGACUUCGCCGCAGGUAAUUCUACCUGAAUCGGUGAUUUUUCUCUGAUGUGCAGAAGAGAAUCUGCCAUUCACUCUUCUUCUGAUCUCUGGAUUACCUGCCAGGUUCAUUAUCUUUUUAGGAAAGUGAAUAAACUUAAUUGAGAAUGUCUGAAAAUCUUGAAAAGUCCAAUAUAAAUGAAGCAGGAAAAUCAAAAUCAAAUGAUUCUGAACAAAGCCUUGAAAAUGCCAUGGAAGGUUCUGAUGAAGCUUUACAGAAAAAAAAGUCAGGCUCUCCUAGCACCCGAAGAGUGCAAAGACCUCACUCCAGUCCUCCUCGCUUUGUGACAGUAGAAGAGCUUCUAGAGACAGCAAAAGGAGUCACUAACAUGGCUCUAGCCCAUGAAAUUGUAGUCAAUGGAGACUUCCAGAUUAAACCUGUUGAAUUACCAGAAGACAGUUUGGAGAAGAAAGUAAAGGAGAUUGUACAUAAAGCUUUCUGGGAUUGCUUGAGUGUCCAGCUAAGUGAGGACCCCCCAACCUAUGACCAUGCCGUUAAACUUCUCGGGGAGAUCAAAGAGACUCUCUUAUCUUUCUUGCUGCCUGGUCACACUAGACUGAGAAACCAGAUUACAGAAGUCUUGGAUCUGGAUCUCAUAAAGCAGGAGGCAGAGAAUGGGGCCCUUGACAUUUCCAAGCUGGUUGAAUUCAUUAUUGGCAUGAUGGGGACACUGUGUGCACCUGCUCGAGAUGAGGAAGUUAAGAAGCUCAAGGACAUUAAGGAAAUAGUGCCCCUUUUCAGGGCAAUUUUUUCUGUGUUGGACCUGAUGAAAGUGGACAUGGCGAACUUUGCUGUCAGUAGCAUCAGGCCACAUCUCAUGCAGCAGUCAGUUGAAUACGAAAGGAAGAAGUUUCAAGAGCUUUUGGAGAAGCAGCCAAAUUCCCUGGACUUUGUCACCCAGUGGUUGGGAGAAGCCGCAGAUGACCUUAUGCAUCAGACGUAUAAAAAUGCCCUGCCAGCUGGGGGAGGGGCCGCCGGCUCGGGGGACAGUCCCACGCCUAGUCCUGUUGCUGUCCAGAACCACGCGUACCUGAAGCUUCUGAAGUGGGACCACCUCCAGCAGCCUUUCCCCGAGACAGUGCUGAUGGACCAGGCCCGCUUCCAAGAGCUCCAGCUCCAGCUGGAACACCUGACCGUCCUGGGGGCGGUGCUGCUGGUCACGUUCAGCAUGGCUGCCUCAGGUGUUUCCAGCCAGGCCACCUUCGCUGAGAAACUCAAGAUGAUCGUGAAGAUCCUGCUCACAGAUAUGCAUCUGCCCUCCUUCCAUCUGAAGGAUGCCCUGACAACCAUUGGUGAGAAAGUCUGCUUGGAGGUGAGCAGCUGCCUUUCCCUGUGUGGGUUCACCCCCUUUACCACGGACAAGGAGAUCGUGCUCAAGGGCCAGAUCCAGGCGGUGGCCAGUCCUGACAACCCCAUCCGCAGGAUCAUGGAUUCCCGAAUCCUGACCUUCUUAGAAACCUACCUUGCCUCAGGCCAUGAGAAGGCAUUGCCCACAAUACCUGGGGGAUUGGGUCCAGUCCACAAAGAGCUGGAGGAAGUUGCUAUUAAAUUUGUUCGUCUGGUCAACUAUAACAAGAUGGUCUUCAGUCCCUACUAUGAUGCAGUCCUCAGUAAGAUCCUUGUUAGAUCCUAACACGUGUGCUCCCAAUAGCAGCAAUAUUAUCUACUCUGCUCAGAUUGCCUGUUCUCAACUCUAAUGUUGCUUUGGAAAAUGGCUCUUUAGUACAUUUCUAUUUAAUAGCAUUGAUUCCAAAAGGAAAAAUAUAUUUAUUGUGUAUCACUAUUGAAAAGACUUGUUGAAAAAAAAAAAGAAAGAAAGGACUUGUUGAAAAAUGCACUGAAUUCUAUUUUGAGGGUUUGUAUGUAUAAGUGCAAGUUUAUAAAUCAAGAAAGCAUUUGUUAUCUUGAGUUUCACAGGAAGCACUCAACUUUGGAGUGGUUGACUGCCAUGUGUCUCCACCCCCACUCUCUCAAGACUGUAGCUGUCUCUCCCAGAAAGCUGGGACUUCUCUUCUGUUACCGGGUAAUUUUUCUUUCAGACACCCAAGAAUGAAAGAGCAUAAGCCAUGUCCUUGUCUAGACUUUUGCCCGUCUGGCACAGCCUCGAACCCCUUCUCCCUCCAGGUAUUUUGUGUUAAAAGGCCAUAGAUAACCCAGCUGGUGUGGCUCAGUGGUUGAGCAUUGACCUAUGAACCAGAAGAUCAUGGUUCGAUUCCUCGUUGGGGC